GUCAAUCGUUUCACAACACGCCUCAAGCCCGAUCCUCUACAGCCAUUGGAGCGCCAACCUUCGCUCACCGAAGAACACAGCACGAGCUCUAUACCUCAAUGCAUAGACGGCUGAUCGGCUUCUCUCUUUGGUAGCCGCGGAAACAACAAAGACAGCAGCUCAGGCAUCAUGUCCAACGACGCAGAAGGGGCUGCAGCUGUCUCGGCUGUGGCGCAGAGUAGCGGCCCUGAUGCUAAUGCUGGGGGAGGAAACAAGUUCUCUCAUGCCAUUUCGGCGUGGCGAAAUGUCGACCUGACUACCUUGAUAUCUAACCUGGACAACACGGCAUCGGAAAUCGUCACGUACCAGCGAGACUCGACAGUGCAGCGCAAGGAGCUGGCACAAAAGACAAAGGACUUUAGGAAAUCAGAUGAUGCUACAAAGUUGACGGAGAUCAAAGGGCUCCUCAAAGCAUACCAAACCUUUAUUGAUCUCCUCACGAAUCACUCCAAAUCGGUCAACUCGGCGUUUCUAAAGGCCUAUAGCUCGCUGUCGGAAGCUCCCGAUCCAUACCCUUUGCUGGAAGCCUCGGUUGACUCGAUGCUGGUAUCCGAAGAUACUCUGCCAAAGAUUACAGAGGAAAACCAGCACCUGCAAAAAAGCGUCUCGAAGCUCACAGCGCAGCUGGAAGAAUCCGAGUCCCGGCUUCAAACCGAGCGCGCCGCUCGCAAGGAUCUGGAGGAUAAUUUGGAAGGCAAGGUGAAGGAAGUGGAAGCGUCGUGGACCGCUGUACUGGACGAGAAGACGGAUAAUUGGGAAGCCAAGGAGAAGACGCUGGAAGACAAGAUUGCGAACCAAGAGCGUUUGCUGAGCGAACUAAAGGCCAACUAUGAAGUCAACCAGCGGCUAGGGAAGGCAAGCGGCGAUGAUCAAGAUAGCCAGCGCAACCAGGCCUCAAAUGCAGAGCUGGAGAUGCUCCACGCGGAUUUGGAGAGGACUAGCUCUCGGCUGGCCGAGAUUGAAGCACGGAACGAGCAGAUGAGACUUGAGCUUGCCCAGGCCAAAUCAACAAGGCAACAGACCUCAACAUCCCUGGAAGAUGACCCUGGAUACAUGCGAAUGCGCUCAGAGAAUUCAUCUCUAGUACGCAAGCUGGAAGCAGCGAGGGUGGAGAAGGAAGGGUUCAAACGAGACAUCGAUGGCAAGCUACGAUCGGUAGAACGGGAGGUAGCCUUAUUGAAAGAGGAAAAGGAGUCUCUCAAGGCAAAGGUUGACAAAUGGGCCGACUACGAGGAAGUUAAACAGGAGCUCGAAGUCCUCAAGAGCAUCGAAUUCUCGACCGGCGACGACGAUGAGGCACCGCAAGACCUGGAAGGGGUCCCUAGCAAGGGAGACACGCUAGAGAAGCUCUUACUGGCGCGAAACAAGAAACUUAAUGAUGAGCUCACGAUUCUUCGAGUAUCUCAUCAAGACCUUCAGCGCAGAUUAGAAGAUCUACAAGAGGAGCUUUCAAGAACCAAUGCCGAGCUGGAGAAGGCCCAGAACUUGAACGAGAAGCUGGAGAGCGACCUGGAGAAUCUCCAGGCAGAAGGUGCCAACGCUUUCCCAUCUGGCGCAUCUGUUGCCGGCACUUACAUCACUCGGGCUCAGGGGCGCAAGGGGAGAAUCUCACCCACAUCUUCCAUCAUCAGUGGAAUAGAUCCUCGGACAUCAUUGGGAGAGCGCGAGCCAAUGGGAGGAGGAUCAGGCAUCCUCCCUAUGGUGACGGCACAGAGAGACCGCUUCAAGAAGAGGAACGCCCAGUUGGAGCAGGAGCUCUCAGAGAGCCACCGAGCGGUGCAGCAGCUCCGACAAGAGGUGGCCGCUCUGCAAAAAGACAAUCUGAACCUUUACGAAAAGACGCGAUACGUCUCGACGUACAGCCGAGGGGGGGCUACGACGUCAUCCUCAUCGGCCUACGCGACGAAUCCUAACCCGUCGACGGUUACCAUUGGCGGGACAGGAAACCCAGGGAUGGAGCUGGAUCGGUACAGAAAAGCGUACGAGUCCAACAUAUCGCCGUUCGCGGCGUUCCGUGGCAGAGAGUCGGCCAGAGCAUACCGCCGCAUGAGCCUUCCUGAGAGGGUGGUCUAUUCAAUCACGCGCAUGGUAUUAGCGUCGCGUACAAGCAGAAACUUGUUUGCUGCGUAUUGCGUGGCACUCCACAUCCUUGUCUUCUUUUCGUUGUAUUGGAUGGGCACGGCAGACUUUGAGAGGCACGCCAGCAACUUCGGCUCAUCGGCGGCAGCAGCAGCAGCAGGAGCUGCGUCUGGUGGAGGGGGAGUAAGUGGAGGAGGAGGAGCAAGUCAUGGGGAAUGGCAAGAGGAUGGGUUUGAUGGUAAAUAAUUGGUGUUCAUUCGAUUACGGUAGUCGAGCGUUGACUGGGUUGGGAGGUGGAUUCUUUUUUUUGGAUAUAGUAUGCACUAUGUAUGAUAUACACGGAGCGGUGUUUUCCUCCAUUUGCUUUUGUUGGAGCAGUGUGCCUUUGAAAAGAUGACAGAUAUUGUCGCUGAGGGAUAGACAGUGGCUAGAGCAUGAGGAGAAUACGAUGUGUGCGCGUGCUGCUGUAUGGAACGUGUGACACCCAACACGCGUAUCUAUCUCAUCAACCACUGGAUACUGUAAUAUGAAAGGAGCAUCAUUCCAUAUGAGCCAAGCAAGCAUACGUGGUGCUAUUCAUGUUAGACGCCGGCCGUUGAAGGCGGCCCAAAGAGGGGAACAAAGGUGGGAUAUAUCCAUUCUACAGAUUGGUCGUGUAAGUAAUCCGUGCCUACCUAUUGGACCGAGAAGGGAAUAGCCAAGCUUCGUCGUGUUCUUUGCAUAACGCGAUAGUCAAGGUCGU